CGGUCAAAGCAUCUCUCAUAGUUCAGUACUUCCAAAGUCAGCUGUGCUAGAGAGCCCCCUUCAGCCUGUUCCUGACGUUUAUGAACUUGGCUUGCUAGAAGGCUCAAGAUGAUGGCAGGAAUGAAAAUCCAGCUGGUGUGCAUGAUUCUCCUGGCUUUCAGCUCCUGGAGUCUGUGCUCAGAUUCAGAAGAGGAAAUGAAAGCGUUAGAAACAGAUUUACUGACCAAUAUGCAUACAUCAAAGAUCAGUAAGGCAAGUGUUCCCUCUUGGAAAAUGAGCCUGCUGAAUGUCUGCAGUCUUAUAAAUAACCUGGACAGCCAAGCUGAGGAAACAGGAGAGUUUCAUGAGGAGGAGCUCAUUACAAGAAGGAAAUUUCCUGCUGCCUUAGAUGGCUUUAGCUUGGAAGCGAUGUUGACGAUAUACCAGCUCCGAAAAAUCUGUCACAGCAGAGCCUUUCAACACUGGGAGUUGAUUCAGGAAGACAUUCUUGAUGCUGGAAAUGACAAAAAUGAAAAGGAAGAAGUGAUAAAGAGAAAAAUUCCUUACAUUCUGAAACGGCAGCUUUAUGAGAAUAAACCCAGAAGACCCUACAUACUCAAAAGAGGUUCUUACUACUACUGAGAGGAUAAAUAUUUUAUUUACAUGUGAUUGUGAUUUCUUUUAAUGAAAUAUCAAAUUAUAUUUGUGUGGAAAUGUGACAGAGCACAAUUAUUUUGUCUCUUCUACAGUUGUGGUUUAUUAGAUGUGAUUUUUUUCUGCAUUACUAUAAAUUGGACUAAAUGUUUUAAAAUAAAUCUAGAUCUUGAGCAUGAA